GGGUGUCACAAAAUAAAAAGUUAAUUGCACUUAACUAUACUGUAUAUGCGAAAGACGUUGCAAAUGUAUGGACGCUGCCUCGGUGGGACAGAUCGCCUCUUCAAUUCAACAUUUCGGCGCAAACAUUUGAAACGGUGGGUGCGAGUUCCUCCUAAAAACCGUCCACCGCCUCUGUCCACCCGAAACGUCGUGGCCAGUGUGGAAGAGUAGGCCAAGUACCCCCCUCCAGGGAAGAAGAACAUUCUGGUAGGAUGAUGGCAUAAGUAUUUGUAGAGAUGCACCUGAGGCUAAUUGGCUGACCCAAAACUGUACGUACAAAAAAAAACAAGACGAGAGCACAUACACACACAAAAAAAGCUAUCUUGAAUUGCGAUAAAAAAAAUGAAUUCACUUGGCAACUGAAUCGAUUCCAUGCCCGUUGGGCACCCACCAGACCAGUUCUGCUGGGAAGCUGCUUGGGCUGGGUGCGCCCAUCUGCAGGAGAAAACUGCUGAUGCUGGAACCGACUGCCAGUGCAUUCCAUUUCUCAGUGGCUCUCUGUGUGAGUGUGGUCCUCUGUUAAGUAUGCGUUUUCGUGCGAGUAUGUUGGUCUCGUAUGUGCCAGUGGUUCCUCUCGUAAGUCUUUGUGUCUAUAGGGGCUCUACAAAUCUAUGGGUCACUGUGGCUGUUGGUCGCUAUGCGUCUGUGGUCCCCAGUGUAAGUCUAUGGGUGUGUGUGUGUGUGUCUUUAGGUUUCGGUGUAGGUCUGUUAGUUCCUCAUUGCCAUGGAACAUAUUUCACCACUGCCCAUCCUGCCCCAGAAAUGAGAUCUUACUAUUCAGGGUCGCAAUUAUAUUCAACAUGUUUUGUUUGGCUUGUUUUGUUCAUAUUAUUCCUGUCUGUUAUGUCCCCAUUUUCCCCAUUAGUCUAAAGGUACAUUGGCACGUAAUUAAUAUAGAUUGUAUUGAUCAAUCUUUAGAUUCAUGUAUCCUAAUUGAUUAAUCUGUGCGUUUUUACAUCCUGAGAUUGUCAACACAUUUACUUGCUCAGAUGACUCAAGUGCAGUGAGUUAAAUGAUUCUCAACCCAGUCACCAAUGACUUCACCAAAAUACAUCUCAUUAAAUGUGGUGCUACAUUGAAUUUGUUUAAAUUCCAGCGCCGAGGUUUAAAAUUUCUUUUUUUGUUUUUUCAUGGGACGAACAUUACUCUCAUGGCAGAGCCGGCCAGAAAACUCUCUACUGUGCAGACCAGAGAUCCCUUGAUGGGAUCUCAGGAGGCAGGAGGAGGUGAAUGUCAAACUCGCCAAGCACAAACGUGGCAGAGCAGCGGAGCUCGGCGAGCAAGACAGAAAUGGAGGCGGCGAAAGAGGUGAUUCAAGGUGAGGAGGAGGAGGAGGAGCAGGUGGAGAGGAGCGAGGAGGCGGAGAAGGAAAAUAAAGAGGAGGAGGAGGAGGGAGACGCUGGUUGCGACGACGAUUACAACCGUCUGUUCGCCCGUCGCUUCACCGCGGAGGACAAGGACUUCCAAGAAUUUUUCAGCCGCCCGGCGGAGUUGCCACCCGUCGUGUGGAACUGGAGGCCGCGUGGCGGUCGCAAUGAUCGCCGGUUUGACCGACGUGAUCGCGAUGGCCGGCGCGGUGAGGGCUCCGACGGGGGCUGGGGGAGGCACGGAGAGGGGGGACGCGGCUCCUAUCACCGUGACGACCGAUUCAACCCGUACAGACGCAGCAACCCCCACCCGUACAGAUGAGGGAGUGCCAUGGCAACGGCCUGGUCGCCUCCCCCGCCCAUCCCCCGAUCCUCAGCGCCACCCCCGCGUUUUUCCUAGCCUCCUCCCAGCAGCAUCCUCUGCCCCAUUCCCAGCUCCUUUCACUUCUCCCACUGAACUCUUGGGCUUCACCGACCUCAUCCCCUUGGCAUUGUGGGGGGGUGGGGGCGCGUACGCUGCUUGCCGUACGCGCGUUGUGUUGGAGCUUCUUUUGCGCCGUACGUGGCCAACCACGCUAAUCCGGUGGCGUUUCGGAGGAAAUUCCCAACGGCGGUUUGGAAUCCCCACCGGUCGCCCUGGUUAUUACCGCGGCGCGUACCGACUGUUUAAAACGCCGGCGCCGCCCUCCUCACAGCGGACGCUGAAAAAUCCCGUGGCGGCUUUUGUGCGAGGAGGCGAUUUGGCGGCGGCGGCGGCGGCGGCGUUGGCGUUGGCGUUCCACCCUUUUGGCAAAAAGAUUGGCCGCGAAUCACUCGCGCGGGGAUUAUUCGUGGCGAUCAUUGGUAGAGGACCGAGCUCGCGCGGUCAUUGGUCGCGGCGGUCCUGGCUGCUUUCCCGCCUGCCCGCGGUUUCCCCGCGGGCCUCCGGGCGCUGCGAGCGUUCCAAAUUGCACGCCGGAGGAUUUUCAGCCUCGCGUGAACGGCGCCGUACAAACUGAACGCGUCGCGUGACCGUUGGCCCCGACCCGCCACCCGCUCGUUGAGCUCCGGCGCCUCCCUUCGUGUCGCCGAUCUCGUCAACAGUCGCCGGGGGGAAUCCCUUGCCUGGGCGAGGGCGAGUUGAGGUUGUGGCCGUGUUCCACGAUGGUGAAGUCACGGAACGCGCAAUGGGGGGGGAGCGGGGUCCGUGUCGACACUGCUCAGAUCUUGAAUACACGGGCCUUGGGCGGUCCUGCCCAAGGCCACUUUUGUUCCGUAACGGCUCGAACUGCGUCUUUAACCUGCACACGGAUCUCUAAUCCACGCGGCGUUUCUCCUCCGCCCUCUCAGAACGUCCAAUUCCAAACACGCAGCUCUCUCUCUCUCGAUGCCGGUCUCUUUGCGCCCUCGUCAGCUUUUUUUCCGUUAAUUUUUUUUAUCUUUCCGGUUUGUUCGGUGACAACGUCUUUCUGGACCCAUGUGUUGUCAGGGCAGGUAGUGCGCACUGACCUUGUUUCUUCCUCUCCGAUUGUUGUUUUCUUGCAACGAAAACGCCGUCCUUCGUUACGCGUUUACGGUCCGUCGCUUGAUCCAGCCCGGGCACGGCCUAAAGGCCCGAACUGCUGACGCGACCUCAAGUUUCGGCCAACUCGCAAAAGCGCGUGUAGAGAGCGCCCGGCCUUUGAUGAUUCAUGCAAAACAAAAAAACAAAACAAAACCUUCGGCAGCUCCUAAAGGGGAACUGUAUUGUGGUCGUGCACAGUCAAAAUAAAUGUUGAUGCCAGACAGCAGCGGCGAUGCAGAGAUAGACGACCAUGGACCAGUUCCAUCCCCGCUGGGACUCGUGACCACAGCCUAGUCGCAUAUUGGUACGGUUGGCUACGUACGGCGCGAAAGAAGUUCAACGUGCGUGUCGCGUCAGUCGGGCCAAUCUGCUGAAAUGUAUUUUGAUGGUAAGCUCGGUGGAAUGAGAGGACCACAAUGCAGUCCGUCAGGAAAUGCUGAUGGAUGUUUGCAUAUUGCACGAAGUCUGCAUGGGUGCUGUUUACUCAAAAAACUUGCGUCUUGCCGUUUCGAGGUGCCGUUUGUACUUUGGCCAAGAAAUCGCCGCAUCUUUCAGUCUGCCGGUUAUUUUGUAAUGCAACGAGAAUUGGUGGAAGCUGUCCUCUGCUAGGAUGAGGACCUUGUGAUGUCUUCGUAAAUAUUGAUAGCACGCUGUUGUGUGUGUGGUUUUUUUUUUAUCUACAAAUGUUUAUAUUUUGUCCCGUGGUUCUUUUUCAUUUACAAAAAAAGCAUCUUGACCGUUGUUGGUUUAUAAAUUAGAAGCAUUGAAUAAAAUAAAACUUUAAGUUAAAAGUG